UUCCGCGGUUGCCACCGAAUCCGAGUCUCUUCUCUGCUGCGUCGGGCUGCGGAGAGCGAGAAGAUGAAGACGAAGGCCACCGCGCCGGUGCCCCAACCUGGGCCUAUCAAGAAGCUCACUCGGAAGAAAGCCAGGAAGAAGUUCAAGAAGAUCAAAGCGCAGGGAGGGAGCGGGGACCCCGGAAGCCGCCCGGCAGCUGUUGCAGUCCGACCACCGAAAUCCCCAGAGAACUUUUCUCAAAAUUGGAAGGCGUUACAAGAGCUGCUGAAACAAAAGUCACAGGCCCCAGAAAAACCUCUUGUCUCUCAGAUGGAUGACAAAAUGCAUCCUCAAAUAGUCCAGCAGAACAGAAAAGGUAAACCAAAGGGAGACAGAAGGACAGAAGACCAGACCCCUGGGAAUUCUGUUAUGUCUGCAGCUAAGAAGUACAGGAAGACACUAGUACCUCCCACAAAGACCUCUGAAACAGAGCAGAAGAAAGCCAAGAAGAGGACACAGAGUGACAUCUCCUCUCAUCAAGGGGACAUCAGGCAUAAGUGGAAAGCUAAGGAGGCAGCUGUCGCCUUGAAUCAGUCCACGCCCACUGAGGAAGACAUCUGGUUUGAUGAUGUGGAUCCCGAUGAUAUUGAGGCUGCCAUAGGCCCAGAGGCAGCCAUGCUGGUACGGAAGCGGCUGGGGCAGAGCAAGAGUACCACCAUCUCCCUGGUGAAGGAACAGGCCUUCGGCGGCUUGACAAAAGCCUUGGCCCUGGAUUGUGAGAUGGUAGGCGUGGGCCCCAAAGGGGAAGAGAGCAUCGCAGCCCGAGUGUCCAUCGUGAACCAGUAUGGGAAGUGUGUUUAUGACAAGUACGUCAAGCCAACCGAGCCCGUGACUGACUACAGGACAGCGGUCAGUGGGAUCCGGCCUGAGAACCUGAAGCAGGGAGAAGAAUUUGAAGUUGUGAAGAAGGAAGUGGCAGAAAUGUUGAAGGGCAGAAUCUUGGUGGGGCAUGCACUGCACAAUGAUUUAAAGGUUCUGUUCCUUGAUCAUCCAAAGAAGAAAAUCAGGGACACUCAAAAAUUCAAACCGUUCAAGAGGCGAGUGCAGAGUGGAAGACCAUCUCUGAAACAACUUUCUGAGAAAAUUUUAGGGAUCAGGGUCCAGCAGGCAGAGCACUGUUCGGUCCAGGAUGCCCAGGCAGCAAUGAGGCUUUACAUCAUGGUAAAACGUGAGUGGGAGAGCAUUACUGCAGACCGGCGCCCCCCAGCAACCACUCCAGACCACUGCAAUGAGUACGCUUAGCACCAUCCUGCUGCUGUCACCACCACCCCUAUCCUUCAGGGACUCUUCAAUCCAGUGGCAGUUGGGAUGGGCUUAUGGAGGCCCAACAGGUCUUGGUACAGAAAGGACUCCCUCUGGUGAGCAUUCUCAGAGCCACGGCUGCAGGGGUGUUGCCUGUGAGAUGCUGAAACUUCCUCCUUGACUCUCCUACCAGGGCCUGGUCCUGCACCUGUGUGCUGAGGUGGACUGGCCAGAUAUGGGGCACAAGUCAGGGAUGUGCUGUAGGUGCAGAAGGAGAGCGCUGGAACGGAUGGGUGUGCCACAGAGUGCCUGUGACCACCUGCACUACCAUGCCACUUGACAAUGAGCAGAGCUGGAUUCGGCCUGGGCACUCAGCACCUUCCCUUAAGGAGCAAACAUCAAUUUCUCCUCUUACAAGUAAGGGGAUAAGCUCUGCUGGACCUAAGGGAAGCUGGAGGUACUUUUUCACUCAUGUCCUUUGCUUGGCCCAGAGUCAUCUAAAAUGCCAGUGUCCAGUAUGGUGUUCUCCACACAGCCCUCGGGGUGAGACUUAGGACACAGGGACGUCUAGAGGGCAAAGAUCCUACCCCCUGGGGCAGUGUAAGAGAAAGACCGUCUGCCCACUGUCCUGCCAGUAGCUUUUCUGGCUAACAACAAGUACAGAGUGGCGAGUGAACUUAUGGGCCUGACAACCCUUGAGCAGGUGCACCCAGGUGUAUAAUGAUGGAUGUCUGCUUUUAAGCCGCUGCGGACUGGAGUGACUCAGAGAGCACUUGUUCACUAUGUGCAAGACCCUGGGCUCCAUUUCCAGCACCACCAAAAAUAAAUGGAUGGAUAAAAGUGGAGUUUGUGGGAGCUCAGUUUCUUCCCGUCAUCUAGAGUCUUCUGAAGCCCUGCAAGGCAGGACCAGUGAUCCCACAGCCAGGCAUUCCUGCAGCAGGAAAGACCAGGCAUGCCAGGAGCAGCCU